AGGGCAGUGAUAGUAGGAGGGCUCUCUCGCUCUCACUCUCUUUCCUUUCUCACUCCAGCAUUCAUCCCUUUUCCACCAAUAAACCCAAUGAGCUGAGUGCGCACCGCCCACUGUUGGUGAGUGCGUAUUUUUUUCGUCUCCUUUCCCUUCUUUUUUUUAAAACCGGAGCUGAAUGUGUAGAUCGUCACAUGUUGUUUCACCCUCUUCGGCCCGGACACCAGCAGACAUGUGUUAUUUAUCGCUCGGCUGUGGGAGAAGACGAAUUAACGUGAAACCGGCUCUGGAAGUAGAGGAUUAAAAGAAAGCGAGUCGUUUCUUUUUACAACUAAAGGGAACGGAAGCAUUGUGUCUGAUAAGAGGAGGACGCGAGAAUGGCGAGUCCGCCGAACACCGGUGAUCAGUCGUUAUUGGCCAGUAACGCAAACAGCGGCAUCAAGAAAUGCGGAUAUCUGAAAAAGCAGAAACACGGACAUAAGCGCUUUUUUGUUCUAAAGGAGCCGAGCGAAGGUUUCCCUGCCCGGUUGGAAUACUACGAGAGCGAGAAGAAAUGGAAAAACAAAUCGGCCCCGAAGAGAGUCAUCCCUCUGGACUGCUGUCUCAAUAUCAGCAAGAGAGCAGACGCAAAAUACAAAUAUCUUAUUGCUCUUUAUACCAAGGAUGAGUAUUUUGCUUUGGCGACGGAAAACGAGCAGGAACAGGAGAGCUGGUACCGGGUGCUGACGGAUUUAAUGGCAGAGGGGAAAGUAUAUGACGGCUCGGCGUCUAACUCUGCGUCCUCGCUGGUUGGCUACGACGAGUCGAGCUACGGUGUAAUAACGCCGGUGACCGCCGCCUACAAGGAGGUAUGGCAAGUAAAUCUAAAAUCUAAAGGUCUCGGACAGAGUCGAAAUUUAACAGGGGUGUACAGGCUGUGUCUCUCCAGCCGGACUAUCAGCUUCGUUAAGCUUAACUCUGAUGUUGCCUCAGUCACCUUGCAGCUGAUGAAUAUCCGGAGGUGCGGCCACUCUGACAGCUUUUUCUUCAUAGAGGUUGGCCGAUCUGCAUCCACGGGUCCGGGGGAGCUGUGGAUGCAGGCGGAUGACUCUGUGGUGGCUCAAAACAUUCACGAAACUAUCUUGGAGGCCAUGAAAGCCAUGAAGGAGCUGUCGGAAUUCCGCCCGCGCAGCAAAAGCCAGUCCUCUGGUACAAACCCCAUCUCUGUACCCUCGCGGAGGCACCUGAAUAAUCUACCCCCGAGGCAGACCGGGCUUCCCCGGCGGUCGCGUACUGACAGCAUGGCUGCGACCUCUCCUGUGAGCAAAUGCUCCUCGUGUCGAUUACGCACUGCGAGCGAGGGCGACGGCACCAUGGCACGCACUAUGUCAGUCACCGGGAGCCCCCUUAGUCCAGGGGUCCACAGGACCCUGCUGAGCAGAUCUCAUACCAUUACUGCACGCCCUUCUCUGACGUUUGAAUCUUCCACCCUCCAGCAUAGUAAGUCCAUGUCUAUGCCUCUGUCUCCUUCUCCACCUGUGACCACUGCUUGUCCAAGCCAUGCAUCUUCCUGCCAAGACAGCGGUGCCCCUCGCCCCUCUAGCUGCAGUGCAUCCUUCUCAGGCUCUCCCAGUGAUGCUGGCUUUAUAUCAUGUGAGGAAUUUGGCUCUAGCCCUGCGGAGGCACGAGACCUCAGGUUACCGCUUACUCUCCGCAGCAACACUCCAGAGUCCCUCAAAGCAGACACCCCCCCAUCCCGGGAUGGCAGUGAGCUUGAUGGCUACAUGGUAAUGGAGCGUCAGAACCAGAAUGGUUACCGGUGGUUACCAGAAUUUGACAAGGUGUAUCGAAAGCGCACAUACUCCCUCACCACCCCCCGUCAACCGAGGGGUCCCCCCCAAGUAUCUUCAGCCUCCCUGGAUGAGUAUACUCUUAUGAGGGCAACAUACACCAGUGGAAGUCAGUCUUCUCGCAGGUGUCACACCGCGUCUCCUAAAGGGAUAAGUCUGGAGGAUUACAGAGAUGUUCAGAUUGCUUCAAAUGGUCACCAAGGCGACAGUGGCUAUAUGCCCAUGAUGCCUGGUGUGGCUCCUCUCACACCCGGGUCUAAGGAUGACCCCUACAUGCCCAUGAGCCCUAUGUGUGUAUCUGCUCCAAAGCAAAUCAUCAACCCUUGUACAAAACCCUCCUCAAUGGGGCUGGCCACGCGCAUACACUCCCCCGGGGGUGUUUCUCUGGAGGACAGUGGGUACAUGCCCAUGUGGUGUGCAACCAAGAUGUCAGUGGACAGCAACGAUGGGAAGCUCGCCAAUGGAGAAUACCUGAAUAUGUCUCCUGUUGACACACAGGUGUCUUUUACACCCCCAGAUUAUAUUCUCAGUCCUACAGGAGAUCCCAGCCUCCCGCCAAGCCACAGGCAGCCUUAUUCUUGCAGUUCUCUACCAAGAUCACUUAAAGGACAUUUGCAGCGCAGUGGGUCCACUGACACAGAUCAGUAUGUGGUGAUGAGUUUACAGAGACAACGGAUAGAAGAGGAAUCCAACUACUGUCCUAUCUCUUCAGGAAACUCUGCAACCAAUGGCACUGUGGCAAGACCAGCCACUCCAUCUUCUACUCCAUCUCCUCUCAGAGUGGCUUGGAUAGAUGGAGGUCUGGUACACCGGAGUAGAGUCUGUCGGCCUACCCGCUUGGCUUUGGAAUCCCUCAAAACACUACCAUGCAUGAGUGAGCACCCUCUUCCUUCAGAGCCACGCAGCCCCGGAGAAUACAUUAACAUAGACUUUAGCAGUGUUAACCACAACACAACCACAGAGUCAAAGAGCCCUGAGUCCUCUGUAACCGCAGAGACGGGAUCCCGGUCACUCUCAGGCUAUGCUAAUAUUGAUGUCAGCUCCACGGUUCAGCAGGUAUCACACCAAACUAACUGUACAGACACAGCUGAACUGUUGACAUGCCAUAGUCUAGUUACCACUCAGCAGGAAACACAGGGAGUUGAAGAGGAGGAGGUGGAGGAAGAUAAAAGCACAGAGGGACAGGAAAAGGAGAGGGGUGUUCCACAGCAAGGAAGCCUUAAGUGUCAGCCUGGUCCAUUCAGUGACGACUACACUGAGAUGACCUUUAGUCCUUCUGACCCUUUACCUGCUCUAUGCACAACUCCCCGCCCGACCAGCCCUACUGCUUGUGUCCAGAGACUCAGCCUUGAGAGCAGCAUAGUAGAUGUGAUGCCCCCUGUGCCCGUGGACUCUUUUCUCAAGGGAGGUCCUUCAUUAUCUGUUACAGUUGUAGAUCCACACAGGGGGGCUAAAGUUAUCCGGGCCGACCCUCACGGACGUCGUCGUCACAGUUCUGAGACCUUCUCUUCCACAACCACUGUCACACCCGUGUGCCCAUCCUUUGCCAACGACACUAAACGGCACAGCUCUGCCUCUGUGGAGAACGUAUCUCGCACAGUUCGUAGCUCUGAAGGACUCGGUGAGGAGUACAGCAGUCCCAUGUGCAGGGAAACGUCAGCUGGCUAUCAAAAUGGACUUAACUACAUUGCCUUAAACUUGAUGGAGGGAAACCUUGGGGGAUGCCGGUUAGGGGGCUGUGAUGAACUCCUGAGGCUCAAGACAGCUUGUGGCUGCAAGGGGGGGCUGAAUGGUUUCAACUCUAGCCCCUAUGCCAGCCUGGGAUUUAAGGAGACUGCUGCUGCUGCUGUGAAAGAAUGAAGGCUGAUGGGUCUUCCCAACUUGCCUCCCCCCCCCACCCCUUCCUCCUCUUCUUCUUCCUGUGAAUGUAGGAUUUCACUUCAGCCAGAUGCCGAGGUCGCCAGAGCGACAGCUGGACCUUGUGCUGUAGCCCAUGUCCUUUGACCCUUCUGCCGCCUCUGGGGGUUACGGGGACAGCCAUCGCCAUGGAAACACGGACAUUUGACCCUCCCUCCUUUUUUGUGGCACCUAAACAUUCUGGUGCCAUUGCUGCUGUAGUGCUAGAUUUAAACAAACAGAAAACUAAAAACCGACUUUUAAUUCUAAGCAUAGUUAGGUAACUAUGUGUCUAGGUACGUCAGCCUGCAGUAUACUAUGUUCAUCGCUGGUAUUGUUAUUAUCAAUUAUACAAUUUCAACUGGCUUUCUAAUGGCUUCGACCAGUAGUUGCCAGACAUUCACACCUGAAAACCUGUGAACCAAACUUGGAGAGCAUGCGUGCGCAAACAUGCACGCAAAACCCUUCAUGCAUACAGAUGACAUGUAUUUAUUUAUUUAUCGUGUAUGUGUGUAUGCAUUCAUUGAAAUGUCUGAGAAUUUGUAAACAGAUUGUACUGCAAAAAGAGACGGCAUUUAUGAACAUAUUUAAAAUCAAAGGUAACAUUUGCUAAAAAAAAAUAAACCCUACCUCAGCACCAAGUUACACAGUAGAAUUCUAUAUAUAUAUAUAUAUAAAAUAUUUAUUUUCAAAGGUGAAUGUUUUUUAAAAAGUCACCGAUCCAAAGCCUUACUCCAGCCAUCAGCCCCCACCUGAUGGAUUUUCUUUUCUUUUUUUUUAGGUUGGACCUCUAAACACGCAGUAUAUCAAAGAUUUAACUGAUCAUCACAGAGACUGAAUGUUCAUUAGAGCCGAAUGAGAGCCGACCUCUCUGAGAUUAAGUUCCCUCUCUCCCCACAUUUAUGACUAGAUUAUGUAUUAGAAAUCCAGAGUAAUAUAUUUAUUAUUGUACCUUUAAAUGGAGGUAUUCAUACACACUAAAAUAAUACUUGGAGGAUGUUGGAGAAAUAGGUGACGUUGCAUUGCAAAUGCAUGCAGCUGUGACAAAUGUAACUGCAGCAUGAGCCAGGUCCACCUGGACCUGAUCAUGUGAAAUGUGGCCUGUCUGAGUAAGAGUCUCAGCACCUUUUAAACACUACACCAACUCACCCGCCGUUCACCUAAAAUAUCCUGCACACCUGACAGGACAAGGGACUGAAACGUGAAUGUUUGAAGUUAUUUAUACAGAGCAACUGGACAGCCCAGUGUCUCACAUUUUCUCACCUGAUGCCUCAUUGUGGAGCUCUGUCACACCACGCCAGGCAGCACUGAGCAAUGUGGUACAUGCAGGACUGAGUCUAACUGGCUGUUCAAAAAGCCACUCGAUAGCUUGAAUCCAUGGCCUCCACUGCAUGGUCUUGCAUUUACAAACUUGUCUAGAUUGUAACACAGGACACACUGAAUGUAGUACAUACUGUGUUCCGAGACUGGGAGCGCGCAACCCGACGAACACAACAACAGCAACAGUGAAACAUGCAGAGGUACCGAAUGGGAACUACAACACAGACACAAGCCGAAUAAACGAAAGAAACCAGGGGAAGUAUCUUAUUAUUUAUCUGAACUCACAGGUACUUAACCUUUGCCUAUAUACUGUAAAUAGCGCAGCGUUACAUCGAAAAUGUGUAAGCAAAUCCUGAGAAACUUCGAGUGUUAAGUUAGAUAACUUAUGUUAUUUUUAAUGUACAUAGUUAAAUAUUUGAGUGAACUUUCUGAUACAACAGAAGCACUAAUUAAGUUAUAACGCUAACCAGUAUGGUUUGGUUUUGAUUUUUUUUUUUAAAAAACUGAUUUGGGAUGGUCUUGUAAAGUGGAUGCCACUAUGACGACAUUUUCUAAUGCUGUAAUUCUAAAAAACAAAAACAAGAAAAAAAAGAUUUUAAAGAAAUCAAUAAUACUUGACAUAAUUAAUUCUUGAUACUUAGGUACACCACAAAUGGCUUAUAUGCAAUAUUUACACUUUUAAAAAGAAAUUAGUUUACAAGGACGAACCAAAUGUAUAAAUACUGUUAAUAAUGUUUGUUAAACCUUAAUUCAAAUUUUUGCUGUUUGUACAUUUUUUUUCCUUCAAUUUUGAAACGGAAACUUUUUCCUGCUUGUUUUUGCUAAUCGAGCCUGUUGGUGUUUUGAGCAGUGUUUUUUGCAUUUGGAUAAUGUUUCCAGUUUUUAAUUCAGCAUCAAGGUUGCGAUAUGGGCAAUGGCUUACUCUGCUGUGGCUUUUCAUUGUAAAUAUUUCAUAUCAUGCACAUUGUGAUACUACUAAAUGAUAAUUUAAACUUAGUUCAUUGCUUUAGACAGUGUUGAUUCUUUAUAGACACAUGCAAUAAAUAAUAUUUAAGAAAGCUA